GUAGCCGAUGGACGCUUUCCCGAAGGACAAAUAGCAAAACUGCUGGCGAGGGAUAGUCUCCCGGCUGAAAUCCCCCCAGCCCCCCAGUUUCUCAGAUCGGGGUGUGGUUCCUUCUCCUGCCCAAAGCGCAGGGAGCCCACCGAGGUGCGGGGACGGGGAGCCCGGGCGGGCGGGCGGAGAGGGCAGCGCUUCGGCCGAGUAGGUUCCCCGGGGAUCGGUCAGCAGCAGCGGCCUCUGCGCUCGGCUCGGCGACCCAUCUCACCGCCGCUUCCCAGACACUUUGACUUCAUCUAUGCGCGAAAGCUCUUUUCCCUUUGGAUUCCUAAGGUGGGAUGUCUCGGAGCCUGGGGAGUCCGACUCACCUUCCCAGGCUGCUGGGGACAAAAUGACCCAGCCUGGGCCCCCAACCCCCGCCCGGGCCCCGGGUCCCGGUCCCCGGUCCCCGGGUCCUCUUGGGCGCCUCGUGCCCCGGUGUGUGCGGGAAUGCUUCUGUGUGCCACGGCGCUCCCCUCCUGCUCCCCUCCCCGCGCGCGUCCUCCUGCAGCUCCCCAAAGGCCGAGCCUCUGCUUCCGCCUGCGGGGCCGAGAGACCGGGGCUUCGGGCGCGAGUGGGGCCGAGCGAGCCCGGGGAGCCGGUGGGCGGCGGGCGUGCUGGGCGGCCUGUCUCGGGCGCGCACUAUCGCGGCUGCAUAGUAGAUGUCGCUGUUGUCCGUGCUUACGCGGCCGGCCGGCCGGGCUCAGGAGCACGUGACCUGCAAGGAGGCUGCGGCUCAAGGCCAUUUUCAAAUCUCAUUGGCUUGGUUGUCAUGUGGUCGGCAGAGGCAUCCACAAUUACACGGGGAAUGUUUUCCUAGAGAUGUCAGCCUACAAAGGACACAAUCUCUCUUCUUCAAAUUCCUCCCCAAAAUGUCCUUUCCCAACAGCUCUCCUGCUGCUAAUACUUUUUUAGUAGAUUCCUUGAUCAGUGCCUGCAGGAGUGACAGUUUUUAUUCGAGCAGCGCCAGCAUGUACAUGCCACCACCUAGCACAGACAUGGGGACCUAUGGAAUGCAAACCUGUGGACUACUCCCGUCUCUGGCCAAAAGAGAAGUGAACCACCAAAAUAUGGGUAUGAAUGUGCAUCCUUAUAUACCUCAAGUAGACAGUUGGACAGACCCGAACAGAUCUUGUCGAAUAGAGCAACCUGUUACACAGCAAGUUCCCACUUGCUCUUUCACUACCAACAUUAAAGAAGAAUCCAAUUGCUGCAUGUAUUCUGAUAAGCGCAACAAACUCAUUUCUGCUGAGGUCCCUUCGUACCAGAGGCUGGUCCCUGAGUCCUGUCCCGUUGAGAACCCUGAGGUUCCUGUCCCUGGAUAUUUUAGACUGAGUCAGACCUACGCCACCGGGAAAACCCAAGAGUACAAUAACAGCCCCGAAGGCAGCUCUACAGUCAUGCUCCAGCUCAACCCUCGCAGCGCGGCCAAGCCGCAGCUCUCGGCCGCCCAGCUGCAGAUGGAAAAGAAGAUGAAUGAGCCUGCAAGCAGCCAGGAGCCCACCAAAGUCUCCCAGGUGGAGAGCCCCGAGGCCAAGGGUGGCCUUCCGGAAGAGAGAAGCUGCCUGGCUGAGGUCUCCGUGUCCAGCCCAGAAGUACAGGAGAAGGAAAGCAAAGAGGAAAUCAAGUCUGAUACUCCAACCAGCAACUGGCUUACUGCAAAGAGUGGCAGAAAGAAGAGGUGCCCUUACACUAAGCACCAAACGCUGGAAUUAGAAAAAGAGUUCUUGUUCAAUAUGUACCUCACCCGCGAGCGCCGCCUAGAGAUCAGUAAGAGCGUUAACCUCACCGACAGGCAGGUCAAGAUAUGGUUUCAAAACCGCCGAAUGAAACUUAAGAAGAUGAGCCGAGAGAACCGGAUCCGAGAACUGACCGCCAACCUCACCUUCUCUUAGGUCCGAGGCCCAUCAGAGGUCGGGAUCAGAGAGGCAGUGUUCCAGGGCCGAGUGCUGGAGGAACUGGGAAGGCAGAAACAAAACCUACACUGCUCUUUUUUUUUUUUUUCUGUUUUGUUUUGUUUUCCUGCUAGAAUGUGACUUUGGGGUCAUUCUGUUCGUGCUGCAAGUGAUCUGUAAUCCCUACGAGUACAUAUAUAUAUAUAUAUAUAUAAAUCUAGCACGUGUAAUUUAUUAUUUUUUCAUCAUAAUGCAGGGUAACUAUUACUACGUAUUUUUAUUUGGGUCUUAACUUAUUGGAACUGUAGAGCAUCAAUCCAUUCACCCAUCCAGCAAUGUGUCUUUUUCAUGUUUUUCCUAACACAAAAGAUAUCUGUAUGUGGUUAGCCCAUGAGUUCAUGGCAUUUUGAGUACAUCUAGUACUCAAAAAUAUUUAAAUUACAUAUAUAUUUACAAAUUUUUAAGAAAACCCACAAUCUCUGGGGGGAGGGGGACAAAAAGCACAUUACACGUAUCUUUUUGCAAACAAAUUUAGCAAUCGUCCUUGGUGAGAUGGAAUCUUGACAACUUAUGCCUUGUAGCCUUUCCCUUGUGGUGCAUCUGUGGUUUGGUAGAAGUACAACAGAAACCUGUCUUUUCUGUGCAUGUUCUGGUCGCAUGUAUAAUGCAAUAAACUCUGGAAAUGAG